AUGCUGUCGAAACUGGCUCAUAAACUUCAAUUCCCCGGCGGCUCGCAAGAAAAGAAUGCCUCGGAUCCAGAGGCACAGCUGCCGAAGGUCCUCGCGCCCAUCGAGGCCAUGCUGCGCCAGCUGCCGGCGACCACCUUGCGUGAAUGCACCGUUGCCCUACCGAGCUCCGUGUACCAAAUGGCCCGGAACGACGCCGUCCGCGCCGGGUGCACCACCGUCGGGUACUAUUGCAGACGGCAGAAGGAGCGGUACUGGCGCGCGUUGCCCGAGCCGGCGGCCGGGUUGAAGGGGUACUGGGUCCAGCUGGGCAAGAUUGACAUGCACCUCCCCAUAGCCUGGCCUUGUUUCGGUACUGGUGAAGGCUGGUCGUGGAGAGAUGACUUUGACAUAUCAGAUGAGGAUUGCGUCGACUGCGGUCAUCUCGAGACCACCUAA